AUGGCGCUUGUUUAUGGACAGUACACCACGGAAAUCCCUGGCAAUUCGUGUAACAGCGAAAUCUGCUGCGUCGCCCCACCACAUAUACUUGCUAACCUCGUGGAAUCUAGACGCCGAGUGCGCUUUGCAUGUGUGACAUCCAACUGCAAUCCGCUGCCGCUUGUCGCUUGCACCGCCGCUCCCUUGGGCACACACGCGCGCCCGACCUCGGCCUUAUUGCGUUUCGGCAUUGAAAGUAUCGCGAACGGAUAUGGCGAGCGACACGCCGGAUCGCUUUUCGGCGACCCUUUGAGGCGAGCUUUUGGUUUGAGGUGGCGGUCUCGU